UAUAACUCCCUUUUAUCCCCCAAUUUACCCGCAAGUACUUUGGGUGUGGAAGCUUCUGAUUCAGAACCUCGGAAAGCUCCCCCUCCUGGGCUCAUGGUGAGUGCGCAUGCUCUUCUGAGCCUGUAGCUGAGGCUGCAGUGGGUGCAAAUAUAACUCCGGAGAGAGCUGCUUACAACUUACUGGCAAUUAAGUACAGUAGGGCGAGAGAGUGAUUGAGAGAAGUGAUCUUUCCGCGCCGAAUUCUCUUCUUUGGAGAACAAUCCACGGGAAAACUUGGGCGAGUAGAGAAAUAAGCAAGAAAAAGGUUGUAUGAGGUCUUUGUUUUAUGUUUUAUUUUGUUUUGUCUUGAGAGUAAACAAACUGGAAAUUACAAGAGCACGCGAGCGGCAAUCUGAAAUCUCUUAACCCUUUCGCGACAGCUGAUCUUCGAAUGGGAAGGGAAGAGGACAGAUGGACAUCUCAGUUUGAAAGUUCCUCGCCAAGCAGCCAUCCAGACCCACACCUCUCCGCAGCUAUCUCCCAGCUCCAGCGUCAGAGUUCUUUAUUUUUUCCGCUCCUUGACUCAGGGCUCAGCAGUUGCGGGCAAGUCUAUAUUGAGAAGCCCUCAGGGACCAGUCUUGUCGCUUGACCAAUCACUUUGUGAUACUUAGUGGCUGCUGCUCUGAGAAAGUUCCGGUUGGGAGGGUAGCCCCGAAGACAGCUCAAGGAUUACUUAGGACUUGCUCCAGUCCUGGUCUUUAGGUCAUGGCCCGAACUGGAUAGACACCACUGUCAACAUGAAGGAGGCUGUCUCUUGGGGAUCUGCUCUUCUGGGUCUGUUCCCGGACCUGCUGGAACUGGGAAACGCAAGUGGCAACGCUACGCUAAUGAUGAGGGACCAGCUUCAGGGCCUGGAGUUGGAGAGACCAGACGGCAUGAUAGGGCAGUUCCCGAGCUCGGGCAUCCGUGGGAAUACUGGCACUGACGGGACAGCUGGAGCGGUCGUGCGGAUCCUCCUCAGUGUGAUAUAUUCAGUGGUGUGUGCCUUGGGGCUCGUGGGCAACCUACUGGUCUUGUACCUGAUGAAAAGCAAGCAGGGCUGGCGUAAGUCCUCCAUAAACCUCUUUGUCACCAGCUUGGCCUUGACCGAUUUACAAUUCGUGCUCACCCUGCCCUUCUGGGCAGUGGAGAACGCACUGGACUUCACCUGGCCCUUCGGCAAGGCCAUGUGCAAGAUCAUCUCCACGGUGACAGCCAUGAAUAUGUAUGCUAGUGUCUUCUUCCUCACGGCCAUGAGCGUGGCUCGCUACCACUCGGUGGCCUCUGCUCUCAAAAACUACCGGCCCCGAGGACGGGGUCGGGGCGGUGGCUGGAGAAGAAUCCUCCUAUUGGGCAGCGACGGUGACUGUUGCUUUUCAGCCAAGGGGCUUUGCGUAUUGAUCUGGGUCUUAGCAGUACUGGCCUCUUUGCCCCAUGCCAUUUUCUCCACCACUGGCACGGUGAUGGAUGAGGAACUCUGCUUAGUACGCUUCCCGGACAAGCCGCGGGUCGGGGAUUCUCAGUUCUGGCUGGGUUUGUACCACACACAGAAGGUGCUGCUGGGCUUCGUGCUGCCGCUGGGAGUAAUCAGCCUCUGCUACCUGCUGCUGGUGCGCUACAUCUCCGAACGUCCCGUCGCGGGAGGUGGAGGCGCGGGCGUUGCACCUGGCAUGGCUAGUACUUCUGGAAAAGGAUCCAGCAGCGCGGCUGGAGCCAGCGCCAGAAGGCGUUCUAAGGUCACCAAGUCUGUAACUAUAGUCGUCCUGUCGUUCUUCUUGUGUUGGCUGCCCAACCAGGCUCUGACUACUUGGGGUAUCCUAAUCAAGUUGAAUGUCUUGCAUUUUAGUCACGAGUACUUCCUAAGCCAGGUGUAUGUGUUCCCAGUGAGCGUGUGCCUGGCCCAUUCUAACAGUUGCCUCAACCCUAUCCUCUACUGUCUCAUGCGCCGGGAGUUUCGCAAGGCUCUUAAAAACUUGCUCUGGCGCAUCGCCUCGCCUUCCCUCACUAGCAUGCGCCCCUUCACCGCCACUACUAAACCUGAGCCAGAGGAGCAGGCCCUGCAGACCUUGGCCCCGCUGCCUGCUUCAGUAGAGCCUGAUAUCCUCUACUGCCCACCCGGAGUCGUCGUCUACAGCGGAGGUCGCUAUGACCUACUACCUACUAGCUCAGGGGAGCAACGCUACUGAAGGAGAAGGGAGGGGGGAGGGUCCGUUGUGUAAAUAAGAGUAGAUGAUUUCCUCUGAGGAGGGAGGGAGGUUGAAAGAGACAAAAACAGAACCCUAAAGAUAGAGACACAGAGAAAGAACGGGUGUAGAACAAAUUGGAGAGUACCAGUAAAAGUAGGCUUUGGGUGUAGGCUGCCAAGUGAACCAAACUGGUAAAGUGGCUCUGAGGAGCCCGCAGGGGAUAACGAGAGAGAUACUGAGGAGUUAGGCUUGCACCAAGGUAAAGCAACAGCAGCAGCAGCAGCAGCAGUAACAACCGCUGAAAGAGACCUAAAGUUAAACUAAGCGGUAAACCGUGGUGCUCUAUGCCUUCUUGCUCACUUUGUUUGAGACAGGAUCAUUUCAGACCUUAGACAAGUCCAUUCUUAUUGAGAUUAGAUUGUGAGCAGAGGGGAUAAGAAUCUAGUCUCUAGAGAAGAAAACAAAAACUUUCCGGAGAACGGGAAUUGGCCAGAGUGGGGAUGAAGAGGUGAAAUCUAUAGACCCAUGUAAGCCUUAAGGCUUUCACUUUUGCUUCUUGGUUCCAAGGCUACCCCUGCUCCCGGAAGGAACUACAUAAAGGGCUGCCCUGCUGAGCUGGGGGCUGCAGUCUAUUGUCCUUUCUUCCCAGAAAGAGCAGGCACCCUGAGAGGAGAGUAAGAACUCAAUGAUUUCUCCUGUAGUAGAGGAACAUCGCUUUCAGACUGACCGGAAAAAUUUCACUGUCUCUUUUUGUAAAACUGGGAAUUCACGACGAUAAAGAGCUAACCUGGAUUAUUCAGGUCCUUAAAAGGUCUAGCCCGGGUUGAGACAUCUCCAGAAAUUCCUCUCACCGUCUUCUUGUUGGAUAGACACUCCUUCUGAUAGAUUCUGAAGACCCAGACUUCUGUAAUCUGAGAAGUAAGACCGGCUCCUAUUAUAAAGCUUGUGGGAAUUGGGAGAGUAUCGAGGGGCCAGAACCUCCAUUCUGCUUUAGGAUCCAAUAGGGAGCCCCAAUCUGAUUCUUACUAAGAUCUCCAGAGACACCUGCUUCUCAGCCGUGAAGGCCCUCUUUAAAGACAAAAAAAUAUAUAGUAAAUGACAUCAGUUUUGUUGUUUGGUGGAAGAGGUGGUUUGUAUGUGUUUCUAAAUAAAGAGGUAGCUAAAUUAUUUCCUGGCGGGGCAGCAACAUCUCUUAGCGAAAUUGGACCUGAAGAGGAAAGGCAAAUGUGCUUUUAUUUUAUGAAAAUAAAAAAAAAGCGAAAAGUUC